UACACACUUGUUGACUACUCGUAGUGAGACGAUAUGUACACGACAAGCGAUGUUUGCUGGUGACCUCUCCAUAGGAAUCCCUAAUAUUAAAAUUGUAUAUUCUAAAUAUCAUUUUCAACUAAAUUCAAGUUGCUCCUACUCCAUCGGAUGGGAAUCGAUUGCUUUUGAUAAGCGAUAAGAGAUACCAAUGUCGCGCAACAAAGGAGUCAUCAAGAAUGCUGGCACUGACUGGCAAGCUGUCACUAUUGUCCUGACAACAUCGUUUCUGGAGGGCGUCGCCGAUUCCCUUGCCUUUCCUAAAGUUUCUACUGUUCUUGAAAAAUCUGAACGAAUUUCGACGAGGGUUCAAAGAUGCGUCAUCAUCAAUCUAGUGCUAUUUCUGGGCUGCCUGCACCUUUUGGACGGCUACGUUGUCAGCUUUUUCUACUUUAUCCUCAAGACCAUCUGGGGCUGGUCUAGUGGUCAAGGGGACGAGCCAGAAGCAGCCAAACUUCUUCUUCAGUACACAUACAACCUCAUCUGGGUGUACCCAAUCUACUGCUUGAGCUUCAUCCUGAACAGCGUGUGGUACCAAGAUAUAGCAGAAGAUACUUAUAACUUGCUUUUCAACGGAUCCAGCACUCGCGAGAGAGCAAGUACUAAUGUAUCCGUCAUCUCUGCCAUCAGCUCCAAAGCUGCAGAAACUACAAUCAGCUUGUUGCUGGAAACCAUGGUCGCGCUUCUUGUAACCGGUCUGAAUCUGGUACCACACGUGGGACCCACACUCAGUUUCAUCCUGAUGUGUUGGUUGUACGCGCUUUACUGCUUUGAAUUUAAAUGGAGUUCCUUCAGAUGGUCGCUUGAUAAAAGGCUAGCCUUCAUCGAAGACCGCUGGCCAUACUUUCUCGGAUUCGGUUUGCCGUUGAGUUGCGUUACUGUCUUCUCGUCUCGAUUCCUCAGCAGCGGACUGUUUGCGAUACUUUAUCCAGCCUUUCUAAUUUUGGCAACAGCGACCAACCCAGAAGCCCGUUCUUCAGAAUCAAAGGCCCCGUUUAGGAUACCGAUAUUCACACUACCACAGCUGAUCAACAAGUGCUUCUUUUUCUUCUUCAAAUAAAAAUAGCUCAGCCUCGUCUGAGAAGCCGAAGCGCCCUUCAUACCGCUAAGUGAAAAGGUCAUCCCGACGCGCUAGUAAGACUGUAAUCAUUAGAUUAAGUCAGAAUAUAAGCAAUCCUAGAGACUAUGGUAGUGAUAACUGUGCUGAACUGCUAUUACUGUGAAGUUAUAAAAGAUAAAAACACGUGCUAGUCG